CUGAAAGAAGUUACCCCCUGAUAGCCAGGUGGAGGUGGAGGAGCUAGGUAUCUUGGUCCCGAUGGCGACUGUGGAAGCUAGCGGCAGCGGCGAGAAAGGGCAGGGGGAGGAGACUUCCGUCACCUAUUACCGGUUGGAAGAGGUGGCGAAGCGCAACUCCUCGGAGGAAAUAUGGCUGGUGAUUCAUGGGCGAGUCUACGAUGUCUCCAGCUUCCUCAACGAGCAUCCUGGUGGAGAAGAAGUUCUGCUGGAACAAGCUGGUUUGGAUGCAAGUGAAAGCUUUGAAGAUGUAGGCCAUUCCUCCGAUGCCAGAGAAAUGCUGAAGGAGUACUAUAUUGGUGAUGUCCAUCCGAGUGACAUUAAAACUGAAAGUGGUAGCAAGGAUCCUUCAAAAAAUAAUACAUACCAAAGUUGCUGGUCAUACUGGGUUUUCCCCAUCAUAGGCGCUAUUCUCUUAGGUUUCCUGUAUCGUUACUGUACGUCGGAAAGCAAAUCCUCCUGAAGAGACCUUGUUGACGUCUGGAAAGCACAUCCACUUAGGAGUGAAAACUAGAGACUUGCUUUGAGGGUUGCAGCAUUGUCCUCUCCUUGAAUCCUACCAAUUGUGUGUUCCCCCUUGGAGCCAAGAUGCCUGGCCAGACAUCCACCAUCAGACCUGGGUCCAGUGUCCUUCAUCUCUCAGAGCCUUACUCCCCAAGCACCAGCUCAUUGUUAUGUGUCCUUGCCAAGGUUUCCUCCCUUCACUGUUUUCACAAGUACCUUUAUAUUUCAAAAUGCUCUGUUAGUAAUUACAGUUCAUAUGUUCAAGUUACAUUACCCAUUGAUCAAAAUUUCUCCUUUCCAAUACUUUAAAUGUACAUUAGACAUUCUUAACAGGAUAGCAUAUUCUGGUUUUAAAGGUCUUCUUUUUCCAUUUUUCCCUAAGUAAAUUUUUUUUCAAUUUUGAAUUCAUUCAUUUUUCUUACUCAUCUAAAGAAUUUAAUUCAUGAAGUAAAGGUGCACAAGUCCACAACUGCCAACUGAUAUUGUUCCUUGUUUAAAUUUUUAAAACCACAAAGAAAGUACUGUGUGUUCAUCUCUUAUUCAGUGCUUCCGCCCAAGCUACAAUAGCAAGUAGCUCUUCCCACUCCCUAAAUCCAGCCCCCUUUCUUCCCAAGGGGUGUUGGACAAAAUUAUACUCCCCUUUUAUUUCUUGGAGUUGGGGAGAGAUAGGGAAAAAGAGGGUAUGAAUUGGGAAUAAUAGUCCUGGAAAAAUAUGGAAAAACACUACUUUAGGUUAGGAGUUUAGAAAAAGCACCAAAGACUUCAGCCUACACGUCGGUUUGGCACGAGUUUCUAGCCAUCGUUUUGUUUUGUUUUGCGUUGUUUUUCUCCUAGCCAUCUUUUAGUAAAAUACAAAUUCAUAAUUAUGCCUGUAGAGCUUUACCAGGGAUUUUUGCUGCAUUUUUUGUUUGCUUAUUGAUUAGCAAAUUUUAGAUUACCUAUUUUACAAGACUAAGAGGCUCCAUAUUGAUCAAAGUUAGAGUAUUUGAUUUGUUCCCCCCAGUGAAAAACUUGCACAGUAAAAUGGCAUUUGAAAGGAGAGGAUCAUGAUAAGAGAACGUUUUCCAUUUAUCUAUAUCUUACAUCUGUGUCUCACACUUUUGGUUUUGUUCUGUUUUUCCAUUGAGAAUAAAAAUCUGGUAGUUUUUUCGCUGGAUGUGUGUUUCAUUGAGACAGUACAUUGGCUGCUUUCUUACCAACAACUGGUGAUUUUCCCCCCAUCCUUUGAGGAUUACCAGUCUGCUUCUGAGCCAUUGUCACAUCCAGCAGGGAGUAGCUUGGUUCAAGAAGGAUCAUGGACACAGCUCAGUAUCUCCUCCCCCUUCCAGCUUUCAGAACUCAUCAAAAUAGUAUUAACUUGUACUUGCAUACUUGGAUAUGACAUUUUGGAGUAAUUUAAGAGAUUUCUGGCUGACUUUUGUAUAUCAGGGAUAUGAAUAUAGUCAAACUUUUAUCUUUAGAAAAUGUGUUUUAUAUGCAUUAUAAGUUGCCACUUUAAGACUAUUUUAAAAUAGUGUGUGUGACUAUUGAUGUUCCUCCAUUAGAAGGCAAGGAAGGGUUGCCUUUAAUAGGGCUUGGUAUAUAAUUGUAUAAUAAUUCAGUUACAUGAUUACAUGGGGCCAGGUUGGGUAAAGGUUAAGAAUGAAAGAGUGUUGAGCUGGAAAAGGGAGCAUUCAAGCCAAAACUGGGCAAGAAGAUAAUUUGGAUCAAAUGCGAAAGUGUUUGCAGCCUCUAAAAUGAAAGGAAAACCAUCUGUCUUGUAAGAAAUGUUAAAGAACUAUAGUCCUAAAUAAAAUUGGUGUUUUUUAUUUUA